AGAAGUCAUGGAUGGAGAGAGAUGCUGUUGCCUGGUAACAGCAGCCUCAUAGACCCCCAUUGAAAACAACAGUGGGAUUAUGUGAUGGAGUGAGGGGACACCGAGGGAUGGCGGAAUAAGCUGCUUCCACCGAGGGAUUCUGGACAACAGAGAUCCAAAGGAGCCGUCGAAUCAAGAGGAAAAGAUACUCGGAAGGAUUUCAGAUCAGCAGAUGAAUUCCCGUUGAAGGAUUUCUGUGUCGGUGGCCGUCGGGGCUGAGAGGAGGGUCAUCGGCUUGGUCUUCACGGCCAAUCUUCACCCCGACAAAGGUGGCCAGAGGCUGGGGAGAGGAGGGGGAGUGGGAACAGAGGUGCUCCCUGUCCUCAGACACCUGCUGCUGCCGGAGAGGACACUGUACCACUGUGUCCCUGCAUGGGAAUUAAUGCAGGACGGAGAUUUAGAAAAGGGAGCAAAAAGCAUGUUUUUCUGUUGAUGUGGAGGAUCAGGACUUUCUCCCUGCAAAUCUGUGCAUCUACAGAGAGAUUCUGAGGGGAUCUCGCACCGCUCAUGCCCCGGCUCUGCUCUCAGAGGGAUGGGCACCACAGAGGCGACUCUACGGAUGGAGAACAUGGAAGUAAAAGACGAGUGGCAGGAUGAAGACUUCCCCAGACCGCUGCCAGAGGACGGAGACAUGGAUCCUUCCUGUGGCCUCACAGACGACAGAACCUCUCCUCCUGCCUCCCUGAACAUCAGUCCGUCUGGAGGCGUCUCCUCGUCCCACCGGAAGCGCCGGACGCUGGUGGCCCCGGAGAUGAACCUGUCUCUGGACCAGAGCGAAGGUUCUCUGCUGUCUGACGACUUCCUGGACACUCCGGACGACCUGGACAUCAACGUGGACGACAUGGACACUCCGGACGAGACCGACUCGCUGGAGUUCAUCACCAACGGCAACGACCUGGAGUGGGAAGACGACACUCCAGUGGCGUCGGCCAAAGCCAACCCUGCAGACGGUUCAGGUGAAGCCGGAGAGGACGGAAACGGAAACAACGGACGUCUGUGGAGGAGCGUGAUCAUCGGGGAGCAGGAGCAUCGCAUCGACAUGCAGGUCAUCAGACCCUACCAGAGGGUCAUCACACACGGAGGUUACUAUGGAGAAGGACUGAACGCCAUCAUCGUGUUUUCUGCCUGCUACCUUCCUGACAGCAGCUGUCAGGAUUAUCACUACAUCAUGGAGAACCUCUUCCUCUACGUGGUGAGCAGUCUGGAGAUGCUGGUGGCUGAAGAUUACCUGAUCAUCUACAUGAACGGAGCCACUCCCAGGAACAAGAUGCCUGGAAUCAGCUGGCUGAAGAAGUGCUACCAGAUGAUCGACAGAAGACUGAGGAAGAACCUGAAGUCUCUGGUCAUCGCUCAUCCUACGUGGUUCAUCCGCACCGUGCUGGCCAUAUCCAGGCCUUUUAUCAGUGUGAAGUUCAUGAAUAAGAUCCAGUACGUCCACAGCCUGGAUGAAUUGGCUGAACUGGUUCCCAUGGAGCACGUACACGUCCCUGAGAGUGUGGUGCAGUUUGAUGAGGAGAGGAUUAAAGCCCGCAGGGAAAGGAUGGAGCAGGAGCAGCAGUCGGUCCCACAGGAACCAAUUAAAAAGUCUGAGAGGCCCAAAUCAAUGAUGGUAGAUCAAGAAUCAUGAGAUGGGUGGAGCUCUGAAGGAUGAAGCAGAAAGCAUGAAAACUCUAAUUUAAAUCACUGAGAAGCCAAAAGUCCAGUGAGUUUUACACAUUUGUUGUUUUUAUCCAGCUGAAGGUUUGUCUGUUUCUGAUCAGAACGCUGAUGAGGGCUUCAUAUCCAACUGUAAAAUGUACAAAGGGGUUAGUGCUGUGAGAAGAACUGUGUUUUUUUUUACUUCAAACCUGUUGCUGAGUUCAUUCAGUCCUAAACCUGCUGUGUGACGGAGCCUUUUCCAGUGUAGCUCACAUUAAAAUGCUGGAUUUUAUGAGCAGCUUCUUCAGUUUUUGUCAUUUAAAAAUUGAAGUGAAUUGAUCAGAUUGAUUUGUCAUUAGUUGUUUUCAUUUGGAGAUGCCACCUAUUCACCUGUGAUGUUAUAAAAAGGCUCUCCAGGGCUUCAGAUGCCUUCAUGUUUAUUUUUUUUACCUCAUACCUGCUGUACAUUAAGGCCUUCUCAAACAUCUGGAUGCUUUGUUCUCUCAGUUUCCUUCCAUGUGUGCUGUGCUUUGUGUUAAAACGUGCCUCGAUAAUGUAAAAAAAAAGCAGAAACAUGAUCAAUAUUUACCUUCUGAAACACCCAGAAGAGAAAAUCUAUAUGUUGCAAGACAGGGGUGUCAAACUGGUCGUAGUUCAGCCCAGUUUCAUCUCAAAUGACCAGAAAAAUCACAAGAUAAUGACCUGGAAAUAACCACAACUCCUAAUGGUUCUCUUUGUUUUAGUGCAAAAAAAAUACGUUCUGAAAAUGUUCUCAUUUAAGGAAUUAUCUUUUUACGAGACGUCAUGAACAAACUGAAAUUUCUGAAACCUGAAACAAAAAGACAAUUACAUGAAACAAACGACAAAAGACAGACAAAAACCAACAAAAACAGGACAAAAUAUGACAAAAAUGAUGCAAAAAAUGACAAAAUGAAAAACAAAAUGAGACAAACGACAAAAGACAGACAAAAAAACAACAAAAACAGGACAAAAUAUGACAAAAAUGAUGCAAAAAAUGACAAAAUGAAAAACAAAAUGAGACAAACGACAAAAGACAGACAAAAACCAACAAAAACAGGACAAAAUAUGACAAAGAUGAUGCGAAACAUGACAAAAUGAGACAAACGACAUGAAACAAAACAAGAAAGAGACAAAAUAUGUGAUACAAGAAAGACAAAAAAACAACAAAAACAGACAAAAUGUUACAAAAAUGAUGCAAAAAAUGACAAAAUGAGAAACAAAAUGAGACAAACGACAAAGGACAGACAAAAAACAACAAAAACAGGACAAAAUACGACAAAAAUAAUGCAAAACAUGACAAAAUGAGAAACAAAAUGAGACAAAUGACACGAAACAAAACAAGAAAGAGACAAAAUAUGUGAUACAAGAAAGACAAAAAACAACAAAUAAAGACAAAAUGUUACAAAAAUGAGACACAAAAGAAGAAUGAGCAACCUAGUAUUUUACUUUCUGAUCAAAAUAACUUGUCAUGGUCUAAAAAUGAUUUUAAAUUUAUAGUUUUACUAAUUUAUAAUCCGCAGUUAAUGUCUUCUCUGUAAUUUUUACUUAUUGAGGGCCGGAUUGGACCCUCUGGAGGACCACUUUUGGACCACGGGCCUCAUGUUGGACACCCCUGAUGUAAAAUAUCUGUAAAUGAGCAACUGUUGUUUAUUCUGUGGCCAACUCUAAUGCAUCUGCUUGAAUUGAAAUCGUAUUUUGUCUACAUAUUACAGCUCAUGUAUGAGAUAAAUGUAAUUCUAACCAACUAUAGGCAAAAACAUGCGAUCAUUUUGUAUAAAAUCUGCAUCAAAGUGUCAAUAAUGAGGAUAAAUACACAAAUAUCAUAGGUAUGUUUGCUUAUUGCGCUUUUAAAUUGCACAUUUCUGCUAUUCUUAUAGAAUUUUUUAUAUGGGAGCAGCUCAUACUGAGAAAAUGUGACAAUAUUAAGAAUCACAGCUGAGAUUUCAGAUAAAUAAAUGUGGAUUCAGACCGUGAUUUUGCUCAUUUUAGCAAAUCUUUGCCUUUGUUUAAAAUGUGAAACUUUGUCAGCACAUUCUCAUGUUUAAGAGAAGUUUCUCAGACGCGUUAAUUCAGUAAUUUUAUGGCGUUAAAUUGAUUUUUUUUUCACGUCUUCCAUCUGUUUACUGUAGCAGGAGGCCAGAGGAGGAAGAUUUUUUUUAUUUUUGUAAAACAAAAUGAUACUGUUGAUGUUGUUUUUGCGCUGUUGGGUUGAGUUAUAACCAGUGUUGGAGGACAAAUGCAGCUUUAUUUAUAAUAUAUAUAUGCAUGUAAUGCAGUAAUCUAACAUAUUAACACAUUAACCCUCCUGUUGUCCUCAUUUACAGGCAACAAAAAUAUUGUUUCAUUAUCUGCAAAAAAAAUCAGCAAAAAAAUUCCCUAAAUUUCUAAAAAUUUGCAAAACCUUCAGGAAGAAAAUUCCAAUAAUUCCUUAAAAGUUUCCCUUAAAAGUUUGAUUUUAAAAAAAUACUCAAAUUUGGCAAGAAAAUUCUUGUAAAUAUUUUCAAAAAAUGAGUAAAAAUCUUCCAAAAAAUCCUAACAAUAUCUAAAGUGAUUACAUAUGUAUAUCAGUAAAACUUGUAAUAUUUUCUUUAAGAAUAUUCAUAAAAAUCAACCAAAAUCCAGUGAAUUUCACUGGAUUUUGGUUGAUUUUUAUGUGAAUGUUCUUAAGAAACAUAUUUUACAUUUCUUUUAUUCACCAAAAAAUGUUCAAAGAUUUCAUGAAAAUGUAGAAAAUGUGGACAUCAGAAGAUUCACUGUGAAAAUAUUUUUUUCCACAUUUUCAAACUUUUAAACGGGUUAAUUUUGACUCUCAGAACGACACGAGGGUUCACGACAUGAUGAGAAAUAAAACUAAAAAUUUAAUGUUUUUAUCUUUUCUAUUUUCUGUUCAAACAGACUCAAAUUUUAAUGAGCAGCAACAACAACAAAAACAGUUUAAAAUGUAAAAAUGCACAAUUUUUCAAAAAGAACCUGAAAAAAAUAUUUGAUUUAUCAAAAGUUCACAAAUACCUUUACAUAUAUUAAUAUUUUAUGGUGUAAAAAUUUCAGCCCCAAACUAGAAAAAUAUAGUAACAAAUUACUUUCUACAGGAAGUAAAUAAGUAAUGCAUUACAUUAAAAAAUUUAAUAAACACGUGUGUAAUAUUUUAUUGUGUAACCUCAACACUGGUUGUAACUGAACCUCUGAAUAGUUUCUGACGUUUUAGUUUCAUGUUCAGGAGCUGAUUUUAUGUUAUUAAAGUGACUUGAAUCAUUAAUUUCAGCAGCUGUUAGUAGCAUUUAAACAUGUUUAUACCACAAAUAUCUCAUGAAAUGCCUGUUUCUGAAGUGCCAUCUGUUCUGUUGCCUUUCUGGAGCAAGAAUGUGUGAGUAAAGGCUAAAAAUGUCUUUUUGUUCUGUCCUGUAAGGCCUUUUUUGACACUAAUAAACCAAAUCUGACUAGAAACAGCUCAUUUUUCUCAUCGUUAACGGAGCAGAGUGCUUCAUUCUGUGAGGAAAAGCUUCUCUGUUUGCUGAACUGAGUGCCUGCUGCUCAACCAAAUGUUCAAAUGGAUCCACAGAAAGUGAAGGAAUGUCUGUUUUCAUGUCAUUAUUAACGUUUGCAUUGAAACGGCUGACAUGAAUCAAAAUGUUCCACAUGUUCAACUAUAAAAGCACAAAAUCUGUUAUUAUAAAUCACUUGCUGCCAUUUGUCUGCUGUAAAAUGUUUGCUCUGAUCUAAACAGUUAAACCGAUAAUCAUCCAUGAUUGUCUCUGCCUGUAAAUACGACUGAAUAAAUGGUUCCUCCCAAAACA